ACCUUGGUGAUACAGCUGAACGAGAAAACCUAUAGAACAUUUGAUCUCUCAACAUUCAGAGUUGAUCCGUGUGUAGCGGUCAUUACAGUGAAUAACAUCCUACAGCGGGACGGAUCACAACCGAGGAAACCACGAAGAACAAGCAACGAUGACAAGGGACCGCUACGGAUCAAUACAAGAUCGCGAGGACCGCGAUAACACAGACCUCCGGUCUACAGCUAGCAUAGACGACGAACAAACCCCCCUUCCAAAACGCCAACUCGCAAUCCUCUGCUUCGCCUGUCUAGCCGAACAAACAGCUUUCAACAACAUCGCACCUUACCUUCCCCAAAUGGUCCGGUCCUUCCAUAUUUCAUCCUCUGAAGGCGAUGUCUCCUUCUAUGUUGGUGUUAUCGCUUCCUCGUUCCUCCUCGCGCAGAGUGUGACGAAUUUUGGGUGGGGGUGGUUGAGUGAUAAGAUUGGGCGAAAACCUGUGAUUGUCAUAGGCACGGCGGGGACUGCGAUUGGAAUUCUUGGGUUCGGGUACGCGGAUACGCUGAAGAAGGCGAUAUUGACACAGGUUUUUAUUGGGUUGGUGAAUGCGAAUCAGGGUGUGAUAUCGACUGUGUUGGGUGAAAUCACGGAUGAUUCGAAUCAGUCGGCGGCGUUCAGUUAUCUUCCGUUUGUGUGGGGACUGGGGAGUAUCGUGGGUCCAGCGAUGGGUGGAGUGUUGGCGGAUCCGGCGGAUGCGUUUCCCGGAUACCUUCUUCCUAACCUUGCCUCGGCACUGCUCUUACUCAUUGAUCUCGUCCUUAUCGUGUUCUUCCUCUCGGAAUCACACAAAAAGAAGACCCCGGCAUUCGUGAACCGUAUCAAGGUCCUCUUCCUUCGCGUCUGGCAAUGGCACACGACACCCUCAACAUCCCGUUCAGCAUAUCCAGGUACCUCCUCAGCCGACACAGACCCCCACCGUCCCCUCCUCCGACCCUCCGCCUCCAAAGCCGCUCGCUCAUCCUUCUGGCAACGCAAAGACGAAUGGAAACAACUCCUCACCCCAAACAUCUUCUCCAUCCUCCUCACCUUCGCAAUCUUCUCCUUCGCCGUCGUCGCAUACGGCCAACUCUUCCCAGUCUUCCUCUCCACCCCGUAUCCGAUCGGUCGCGACAUGAAUCCGAGGGAUAUUGGGAUUAUGUUGGCCGCGAGCGGGAUUGCGAGUAUUGUUGCGCAGAUUACGCUUUAUGAGAGGUUGCAGGAUAGCUUUGGGACGAAGAGGUGUUAUCAGUUGGGGUUUGCGGUGUUCGCUAUUGCGUUUUUUGGGACACCGUUUGUUGGUCUUGGGCCGGGGUUUCUCUCCUCUAAAGCUGGAUUGUGGGCUGGUGCGCUCGUUGUGCUAUCGCUUCGGACGAUUGCGACGGUGUUGGGGAUGACGUGCAUCAUGCUCCUCAUCACCAACGCUGCACCCUCAGACUCCACCCUCGGCUCACUCAACGGACUUUCGCAAGCUGUUGCCGCCGUCUUUCGAGCGUUGGGACCGUUUGGGUCAGGUGCGAUAUUCACGGCGAGUCAGAGGAUGGUGGGACAGACGUGGCCGCUUGGUGGGUUUUUGGCGUGGAAUGUCGUAGGAUGUGUCCUGGUGCUCGGGUUGGCGGGGACGUGGUGGGUGAAGGGGGAAGAGAAGGAUGAUCGAGAAGAGGAGGAGAGGGUGUGAAGCAUGAGGUACUUCGGAUAGACGGUGCGAUAUACAGGCAUCUUUUCAUCAUUAAAUACAACUCGUACGGUUACGGGAUACCGGUACGGCUCUCGGAGUCCACCCC